CUUCAGUGUGUAGUUUUGGCUGGAUUUACGAUAGAAAGAGAAAAAAGCUGCAUUGAUAAUAUUAUUAUUAUUAUUAUUAUUAUUAUUAUUAUUAUUAUUAUUAAUAAUAAUUACGACGUUAAUAAAAGGACUACUAGAAGAAAUUCCCAAGCUAUAGAUAAAGGAUUAGAAUCAUGGGCAGUUUGCCAGAUGUCUGUGAGCUGAGGACACAUCUGGAGAACACACUGAUCUCUUACCAUCAUCUGGAACAGACCGAGUGGAAAGUGGCAAAGAAAUCGAAAGAUGUCACUGUUUGGAGGAAACCUUCGGCGGAGUUCAGCGGUUUCCUGUAUAAAGUGGAGGGUCUGGUGAUGGACAAGCCGUGCAGGAUAGUGGACUACAUUCGUCCAGGACCGUAUCGCUUACAGUGGGACAGUCUGAUGACCUCGCUGGAAAUUGUCGAAACUGUAGACAAGGCGUGUUGUGUGAUGCGCUACACCACUGCAGGACAGCUGUGGAACAUCGUCGCUCCUCGAGAGUUUGUGGAUUUCUCCUACACCACUGAUUAUCAGAACGGUCUUCUGUCCUGUGGUGUUAGUGUGGAGCGUGAGCAGCAGGACCAGAGCAGUGUGCGAGGUUAUAAUCACCCGUGUGGUUGGUUCAGUGUUCCUGUCGAUGGGGGUGAAGUGGACGUCCCCUGCAGUUUGCUCACCGGAUACAUCCAGACUGACCUGAGGGGCAAAAUCCCACAGUCUGCAGUGGAUGUCGCCAUGGCAACCACACUCACAACCUUCUAUGCUGACCUCAAGAAAGCACUUGCAACCUAGAUAUCUCUCUCUCUCUCUCUGUCUCUCUCUCUCUCUCUGUCGCUCACUCUCUCUCUCUCUCUCUCUCUCUGUCUCUCUCUCUCUCUCUGUCGCUCACUCUCUCUCUC